UUAUUUUGAAAGAGUUAACCGGAAAUACAAUGUCGGUUGGAAGCUUGACUAAAACUUGAACGAAAGUACUUUGUUGGUGACUUUGUGAAUUAGUUGGAGCAGACUUGUGAGCAUGACAAGUUAACCUUUCUUUUACUUCUUAUAAAAGUUAGCUGAAGUGAAACCAGAGAGGAGGAUUAAACCGAGCCGGCGGGAAAACAACAACACACAAGUGUUCCCCACGGAACAAAAAGAGGAGCACAAGUCGAGCAGGAGUCCGGGGGUAUUUAACGCGAACACGAGUAAACUCCUUAACUCCUGAACCUUUUCUCUUUCAGUCAGCUUGUUGUGUUUUAGUCUGUAUGUUUCCUGAGUGAGUUAACACCGCGGGACUGGGGGAAAGAAGAGAAAUGUGUCCUCGGAGAGUUCAUGGACUCUGAGUGCUGGUGUGAGGAUGAGACAGGGUGGUGCUAGCAGCGGCUGCAGCCCUGGAGGCUGAUGAAGCCGCUCCAUCGGCUGGUCAGGAUGCACAUAGCUUCAGUCGGUGUCAGCAAGUUCUGCUUCCUGCUCUCCCUCGCGUUCUGCGGCCUCCUGCUCUUACUCAUCCCUGCCCUCCAGCCCUCUGCACGCCAGGCUGACCUGCCUCAGCCCAGACCUCAAGGCAGACCGGCACUGCUGAGCUCCUCGCACCGCGCCAGGUUUCAGGCAGGAUCUGAUUAUGGAAGAGAAACGGACUUUAACACAAAGCUGAAAAGGAGCUCUUUGAGACUGGAGGAACCUCUGGAGACUGAAGUCACCAGGAAGGACAGACGUGGUUCAAAGAGGGAAACGGACUUUAAAACAGGAGGUGGACUUUCAGGGCCAAAGACUCGGGACCUGUUGGAGUUAAAGGACAUUUUUAUUGCAGUAAAAACUACAAAAAAGUACCACAAGUCCAGAGUGGGGCUGCUUACUCAGACAUGGAUUUCCCAAGCUGAAGAACAGACCUUCAUAUUUACAGACGGGGAGGACAAGGAGCUGCAGAGGAGGACGGGUGCUAACAUCAUCAACACCAACUGUUCAGCAGCUCACACCCGACAGGCUCUGUGCUGCAAGAUGUCCGUGGAGUACGACAAGUUCAUCGAGUCUCAGAAGAAGUGGUUUUGCCAUGUGGACGAUGAUAACUACGUGAUCCUGCCCAGCCUGCUGCAGCUGCUCUCCUCUUACCACCACAGUCAGGAUGUGUACCUGGGCCGGCCCAGUCUGGAUCAUCCUAUUGAGGCUGCAGAGAGGGUCAAGAGCGACGGAUCGGUUUCUGUCAAGUUCUGGUUUGCCACGGGUGGAGCAGGUUUCUGUAUCAGCAGAGGUCUGGCACUGAAGAUGAGCCCGUGGGCCAGGUAGGUCAUC